CCUGCGUACUCAGCGUCUCAUUCCACCACGGUCAAGCCGCCGGGAGUUGGUUUUGUUGAGCAGCUCCACAGAAACCAUUUCAUACUGAACUUUAGCGUUAUUUAUAUGAAGUAAUCACCGUUAUUUUAUUUAUUUGAAAAAGACAAGUCGUGAAAUUUACCAGUAGCUGUUGUAACAAAGCGGAACGUUUUACAAAAAGGGGGAAAAAAAUCGUCGUACUUGGAGCUUGUAAGCUAACCGUGCUAACAAAGAAAAUCCGUUCUCUUCAAAAAUCUUCCACUACUCUCUUUAGUUAUGAGUCAUGUGGUCGUCGAUAAUCCACACGGUCUAGAUCAGCAGCUUGCUGCCCUAGACUUGAACUCUGCUGACGGACAGGGCGGAGGAACCGGCAGGCGUUACAUUCCGCCUCAUUUGAGGAACAAAGAUGCAGGCAAAAGCGCAGCAAAUGCUUAUUCCACUGGUAGACAGUGCGGUUAUUCAUUGGCACCCGUAAAUCUCUAUUCUCCUGGAUGGGACGGUGGCCGUACCAAUGGAUAUGUGAAUGGUUACCACGACAACCGUUCCAACGGGGGCUUUGGAGGACGUGGACCCCCACGCAACGAUAGAGGUUUUGGCAAUUAUGAAAAUAAAGAGGGGGGAUGGGGAGGCGCUCAGAGAGAUGCUGCCUACAGCAGUUUUGGAGGACGCAAUGAUCGAUCCAGGUCUAACUACUUCAGUGAUCGUGGGACAGGCUCAAGGGGGAGAUAUGAGCGUGGAGGUUACUCAGGGGGAGGAGGAGGAGGAGGAGGAGGUGCUGGAGGAAACAGCCGGUGGGUAGAAGAAUCCAGAGAAGAAGACUGGUCUAAACCCACUGCCCGCAAUGACCGCUUGGAACAGGAGCUUUUCUCUGCAAGUAACACUGGGAUCAACUUUGAGAAAUAUGACGACAUUCCUGUGGAGGCGACUGGAAAUAACUGCCCUCCACACAUUGAUAUUUUCAAUGACGUGGACAUGGGUGAGAUUAUAAUGGGCAACAUCACACUCAGUCGCUACACUCGGCCCACGCCAGUUCAGAAAUACGCAAUCCCAAUCAUCAAGGGCAAGAGAGACCUGAUGGCUUGUGCCCAAACAGGCUCUGGUAAAACCGCCGCCUUCCUGUUGCCCGUAUUGAGUCAGAUUUACACAGACGGCCCUGGAGAGGCACUUCAGGCAUCCAAAAACAGUGGCCAGGAGAAUGGACGGUAUGGUCGCCGUAAGCAGUACCCGAUCUCCCUGGUCCUUGCCCCCACCAGAGAGUUGGCUUCGCAGAUCUACGACGAAGCACGCAAGUUUGCGUAUCGCUCCCGUGUACGUCCCUGCGUCGUUUAUGGCGGGGCAGACAUUGGUCAGCAAAUCAGGGACUUGGAGAGGGGCUGUCACCUGCUGGUUGCUACCCCAGGACGUCUGGUAGAUAUGAUGGAGAGGGGCAAAAUCGGCCUGGACUAUUGCAACUUCUUGGUCCUGGACGAGGCUGACCGCAUGCUUGAUAUGGGUUUUGAGCCCCAGAUCAGACGCAUUGUGGAACAGGACACUAUGCCCCCAAAAGGGAUCCGUCAAACUAUGAUGUUCAGCGCCACUUUCCCAAAGGAAAUUCAGAUCCUCGCCCGGGAUUUCUUGGACGAUUACAUUUUCCUGGCAGUUGGGAGAGUUGGUUCAACUUCAGAAAACAUCACACAGAAAGUUGUUUGGGUGGAGGAAAUCGACAAAAGGUCUUUCCUCCUCGACCUUCUCAAUGCCACAGUUAUUCCCAGUGAGGUUCAGGAAAAUGUGACUGAGCCCCCGGAGAAGCCUGGUAAAGAUUCCUUGACCCUGGUUUUUGUGGAAACAAAGAAAGGGGCUGAUGCUCUGGAAGACUACCUCUAUCGUGAGGGCUACGCUUGCACCAGUAUCCACGGUGACCGCUCUCAGAAAGACAGGGAGGAGGCGCUGCAUCAGUUCCGAUCUGGACGCUGCCCCAUUUUGGUGGCUACAGCGGUGGCUGCCAGGGGUCUGGACAUCAGUAAUGUGAAGCAUGUGAUCAACUUUGACUUGCCCAGUGACAUUGAGGAAUACGUCCAUCGUAUUGGCCGUACGGGACGUGUGGGCAAUCUGGGUCUGGCCACGUCGUUCUUUAACGACAAAAACAGCAAUAUUACCAAAGAUUUAUUGGACAUCUUGGUGGAAGCCAAGCAGGAGGUGCCCUCCUGGCUGGAGAGCCUCGCCUAUGAGCACCAGCACAAGAGCAACAAUCGUGGACGUUCCAAGAGAUUCUCUGGGGGCUUUGGAGCCAGAGAUUAUCGUCAGACGCCUGGUUCAGGAGGCUUCAACAGUAGCCGCACAGGACGAAACACUGGAGGCCAUGGAGGGAACCGCGGCUUUGGAGGAGGAGGAUUCGGUGGUGGCGGCAACUUCUACGGCAAUGAUGGCUAUGGAGGAAAUUACAGCCACUCUGGUAGUGUGGAUUGGUGGGGCAACUAGUCGCCAUAGGAACAGGUUGCUUUGUCAACCAACCAAAUGGAAACCACAUGUUAACUUUCGCCAGACACAACAACCUUCCCUGUGUAGCUUCACUGACACACAGUACAUUACCAACCCUGGGUCUCUGCCUCCUCCUGUCCCGCUCGGGAAGCGCAGCGCGCCGCACACAAGUACCAGCACGUGGCGGGCUCGGGCCAGCGCAGAGGCGUGCACACCUCAGAGUGAGCAUGGAUGCUGACAUACAUGCAUUGUCCGAUAGCAACCUCGGACUUUCAUCGUUUAAAGUAUUUUUGUUCUUUUUGUGGAAAAAACAAUCGAAUAACCUGAGGAUCAUUUGUAUGUUAAUGUACUGUGCCUUUUGAAUUUAAACAGGAAAUCUGUUUUCAUUUCACCAGAUGAAAAUGGCCAAGAGUUCUAAAUUUGUUUUUAUUUUAUUUCAUAAAAAACUAAGUAAAAUAAGCUUGGACUGAGUCAAACCUUGGCAAAUACUCGGGCUUUGUGGCUACAGUGUCACAAUUCCAUUUGAACUCAAAAUUACUGCACAAACAUCAUGUAGCUUUUUUCUCUUUUAUUUACAGUUGAACAGUUUUUUGAGCUAUUGAUGUUACCUAUAAUUUGGGCCACUGUGUUAAACAACUGUAUUUUAAUCCUCGAGGAUAAGGUUACUUUUGUUUGGCUCACUCUAUCCUGGACAGGCUCCAUUUUAAAUGGGUUUGGGAGUCUUUAAAAUAGCCAUUCCUGUGAUUUAUCUUAAAACACAGAAGUCAUUAAACUCAGUGCCAACACUCGCUGAGAAUCCAAAAGAAUUGAUGCUGGAACAUGUUACUCCGCAGUUCUGUUUGACUUGACAGUGUUAAGGCAGCUAGUAUGUUCGAAGUGCUAGCUACAUUAAGUGGGUGGUGUUUUUGUGUUAAUUUUUACUUGAGACAUUAUGGUGCAGGCUUGUGUGCAAAAUGUAAAAAUGGAAGUUUGUUUUUCCUCUUGAAAUAUCUAAGUAAAAAUGCCUGCCAUCUUGAAA